AUGUGCCACGUCCUGACCUGCCUGGUUCAAAAUUGGCCGUCUUCCAAAUUCCUGGUUCAGCAGAGAGAGACGGUCGCUUGCACAGCAAAUGUGGACGCGAUGACACAUUCAGAGGAGCAGGAGGUGCGUUGGGGGAAUGAGGAAUGCUGGGGAGCCUCUGGCAAUGAUAAUGCUAGCGAGGGGGUGCAAGAAUGCAGCUCUCCCCUGGGGAGUCCAAUGGAGGAAGGAGGGACGGGGAGGCGCAAGAGCUUCUGCUUGGAGUUGAGCCCGGAGCCAGCAGCAAAGAGAGUGAAACCUGAAAGUGACAGUGACGAGGGGGAGACAGGGUCUGGGACUGGCAGCACCACUGUCACCCAGGUAGAGGGAGAUCAAGCAGCCGCGUGCUCACUCAGAAGUAGCCAAUCGGAGUCAGUGCUCUCAGGGAUGUCGUUUGCACAGGAGGGUCACGAAUGGAGGGGUGCAACAGAGCGAAAGAUGCGGAAUGCAGCGGUGACUGGCCAUUCCACUGCUUUGGCAGCUAGGGAGAAUGCUUUCAUGGUCCGGGCGGGAAAGAAUCAAGGCAAUGAGUACAGGGGGCAGCAGCGAAGUCAAAUGCCUGAGGCCAACGCUGGUAGUCCAAAUGGAGGCCUCCUUGUGCUCCCCCGUGACCAGCACGGAAAGCGGUUGUUGCCGUCCGAGCUAGUUGGAGUAGUGCCUAUCCCAGAACACUGGCCUGGGGAGCUGCACCUUAGGGACUGGAUAGAGACGAAACAGGUAGAGAAAGGGCUCAGGCCCAGGGGCCUGCAGGCGGCCAGGGAGGCCAUGAUACUAGACGGGUUGAAGCAGCACUCCAGCGUGAUGCCAUUACAGAUCAAUACAGCAUCAACGGUGAUCUCUGCAUGAGUGGACAAGAAAGUAGGUGGGGAGUUGGGACGGAUUGCACUGGGGUCAGAGGAAGGCAGGGGCGUGUUGAGCAUUCUUAUCCAGGUAACGUAAACCCACUGAAGAAGAGGGUAAAAAUAAGAGGUAGAGGGGACUUGAGUCGCCAAACACUGUAUAGAUGUAAUCUAGGACGAUCAGCAUGCUAGUGCAGACAGACCGGUAAUUUUUUGAAUGCAGCUACAGAACGACUUGCCAAUUACUAUGAGUGAGCGAGUUGUCAAUACCAUCUUGCAUUCCUAUUAGUGAGCGAGU